AUGCGCAUUCGCGUAAAGCCCAGGACAUCUGCGCUACGGAUUCUCUGUAUAGAUGGCGGCGGCGCCAACGCCGGCGUCCCGCUCGCGGCCCUCAAAGCGCUCGAUGAGCGGCUCGGUCUGCCAUUUCCAAUUCAGUACCACUUUGACAUACUUUAUGGCACUUCUUCAGGUGCCAUCAGCGCCUGGGGUUUGGCGCUCGGGUUGAGUGUGCAGGACUGCAUCGUGCUGGUCGACACCAUGGCUAAGCACACGUUCCAAGGCCGAGAUGUCUCCGCAUUUCCACUGGGCCGGACCAGCGUCGGCCAGCGGCUGUUGCGAGGCGUUAUCACGCUACUCACCGACAGCAAAUAUUCAUCCGCUAACCUCGAGACAGCAUUGAAGGCAGUCUUUGGCGAAGCUAGAAUGCUUUCAGACUGGACUAUCGCGAACGAGAUGGGCCUGCACGUUGGCUUUCCUGUCGUGACGGCAGAAGAUACGGCCACUUUGGUGGUCGCCAACGACGGUGGUACGGGAGACCCCGAAGACGCGGUCGCUAACUUUCAGAUUCUCGAAUCCAAAGAUGUCCCUCUCUGGCAAGCAUUGCGCGCGACCACCGCGGCACCCUUUUACUUCAAUCCGCAGGUUAUCGAUGACGUUGCCUACCAGGAUGGAGGCAUGACAUACAACAAUCCAUCCGCUCUCGCCCUCGCGGCCGCACGGUCCCAGUGCCCCUCGAAGCCGAACCCAGGUCUCUUCCUAUCCUUCGGGACGGGAUGGGAGGAAGGGUGCAAAAGCGUAAGAAAAGGUCGUGGCUUCGCGUGGUGCAUCGCUCCUCUGUAG